ACACUACUAUAUAACAAAUAAUUUGAGUUCAAGAAUAAUGAUGCAUGUCUGAAACCAUGUAAUGGGAGCGUGUUUUAGUAAACAACGAAACAAGCCCAAUCAAGAUGAAGUGACCAGGCAAGAUAACUUCCACCAUGUAGGACCUUCCAGUUCAGCCUACCCCAACUCUUACACUCCCCAGCCUGUACCUGUCAACCAUGCAAAGGAGACAACACAGCGACCAAUCUACAUAGCUCUGUAUGACUAUGAAGCACGGAGUGAUGAUGACCUUCAGUUCCGUAAAGGAGAAAAGAUGGAGGUACUUGACAUGAGUGAGGGAGAUUGGUGGCAUGUUAAGUCGCUUCUCACUGGUAAUCUGGGAUUUGUUCCCAGUAACUAUUUGGCAGAUGCACGUGGUAUUCACAGCGAAGAUUGGUACAGAGGUAACAUCAAGCGAGCAGAUGCAGAGCGUGAGCUGCUGUACAAAGGACAGAACUGUAACGGUCUCUUCCUGAUAAGGGAAAGUGAGAGUAAACCUGGGGAUUACAGUCUCAGUAUCCGAGACGAGGACAGUGUCAAACAUUACAGGAUCAGGAGAUGGGAUGACGGACGGUUCUACAUUGCCAAAAGGCAAACGUUCCCCACACUGAAGGCGCUGGUUGAGCACUACAAAGAGAACCAAGAUGGGUUGGUGAGGAAGCUAGCCACACCCUGUACUCGUACUGAGAAACCAUUCAAUGACUUGUCCAGACAGGUGAGGGACCAUUGGGAGAUUGACAGAGCUCAGAUUACCUUCACAGAGAAACUGGGAACUGGUCACUUCGCAACCGUACACAAAGGACUUUGGAAGGGAACAGUGCCGGUAGCGGUGAAAAUGUUGAAGACUGGUGGAACCGACCAGAAGAUGACAAAAGAAGAGUUUAUUGAAGAGGCUAAUGUAAUGAAAGAGUUACGACACAACAAAUUAGUACAACUAUUUGCAGUAUGCACAAUGGAAGAACCCUUCCUCAUCAUCACUGAAUACAUGUGUAAUGGCAGCUUGCACAAUUACCUACAAAAGCCUGAAGGGAGACACCUAAGGCUGCCCCAAUUAAUACAGAUGUCCGCGGAGAUUGCUCAGGGUAUGGCUUACAUCGAGAAAAUGAAUUACAUUCACCGAGAUCUGGCAGCAAGGAAUGUUUUGGUCGGCGAACAUAACACUGUUAAGAUUUGUGACUUUGGUCUUGCAAGAUUUGUGUACGGCCAAGAUCAGCGAAACAGCGCCAACUUCAAGGAAGAAAAGCCCUUCCCAAUAAAGUGGACGGCACCCGAGGCCAUCCAGAUGCCAUACAACUUCUCCAUCAAGUCAGAUGUGUGGAGUUUCGGCAUACUCUUGACAGAGAUUAUAACUUACGGCAAAACACCGUACCCAGGAAUGUCAAACCACGAAGUGACCACAGCUAUAACUAAGAACCGAUACAGAAUGAAGAAACCACCUAUGUGCCCGGAGGAACUGUAUAUCAUUAUGAGAGAUUGUUGGAAAGAGAAUCCACAGGACCGACCCACGUUUGAAUCACUUUGUUGGAGAUUAGAAGAGUACUUCAACUUGUCCGGUUCAGAAUAUAGAGAUAUACAGACACCGCGGUGAAUACCGGUGAAUAUAAAGAUACAUGAGAUGAUGAUAACUAGCCCACCUUCUCUUUCUGCUACCUUCUAUGUGAUUCAUCAUUACCCAGCUACAUCCUUAAUAUAUCGCCGUUAAAGAGUCAGUGUUUAUCUGUGCGUGCUGGACUAGGAGUUGAGAUAAUAUGGGGAAUAUGAAAAUAUUGUCCCUGAUUUUAACAAGCUCCUCGUGUCGAUCUCCACUCAAAGACCCUCGAGACUGGACUCGGUUGGGUGUGAUUUGAUGUUCUAUCAAUUUGCAAUCUUCGUGAGACCCUUGCAGUAUCUAACCAGGUCGAACUUUUAAACUUCAAGAUUACCUACUACCUAGGCAAGCUUGCUUUAAUCACGAAAUGUGUUUACUACCCAAUAUGCGCUAAGAUUUAUAUUUGAGUGGAGCGCAACUUCAACGUUCAUCUCACAUCGUUCAGCAGUUUUGAGCAUCUAAUUUUUAAUCCAUGAAGAACCUUAUUCCUAAACAUUGUCCUUACCCGAACUCUAUUUGCUUGCCCUGACCCCAAUCAUAAGCCAUAAACUUGGUAUCACGUACCCAAACCCUAAAACCCCCUAUUUUAUUCAGUGACCAAACUGUAGAAUUUAAAAGAGCUUAGAGUUAUUUCGUAAUCAAGUGUAAUUCAAUAAAAGAUUUCCAACAGACAUUAUUUUUCUGUCACAGGAUUAUAACAGUCUCAUAACAUAGUUUUCUACCAACAAUAAAUUCGAUCUUAAGAGCCAGAAGGAAGUGGCUAUGGGUGUUCAGAUUCGUUUAAAAUGAUUGUUAUGCUGUGCAUGUCUACCAAAAACUUAAAGAACUUUAGAAAAUGCUUUUAUUUAUAUUUUAUCUGAUAAAAGAUUUAUUGCUGCGCUUGAUAUAAUAUGUUAACUUUCGUUGUAUCAUCGACACAGUUCUUUAGGCUGUGUUAACAAUUAACAGUACGGCGCCUCAACCGAGCAGUUUAUUUGCAUAUGAUGUAUUUCUUCGUUCAAUUACUAGGCAGACAGGUUUAUUCGGAAGAUUUUGAUUCUUUGAACAUUUGUUGCAUAGUUUAAUAAGUCCUCAACUUUUCUACAAACGGUUGAUUUUUUGUUAAAUUGUAGGAUUUUGUGGGUUUAUAAAAACUUGAUAUACUCAAUUUAACCAACCGUAAAAAGUCACAGCACUUAAAUGUUUUGAUCUACUUUGAGCUAAGGGAGAGAAUAAUGACUAAAACAUAGCUAAUCAAGAAAAUUUGUAUUAUAUCGUUUUACAUUGGUAGGUAAAAUUGUUACCGUAUUAAAGUAAAGUACUGCUACAGCUGAGAUCACGAAUUUCCUUGAUGUAACAUACUGAAUAAUGACACAACGUUGGUAGUUUAAAUCUUAAAUUAUAACAUGACACAGUUUAUAGUUAAGUUACAAAUAUUUGGCACAAUGCGCCAGACAAUAUCAAGUAUUUCUAUUCUCAAUCUGAGAUUUUUGCCAAGAUUUCUAGGAGUUGAGCCACCAUUAAAUUUAGUGGCUACCCCUCCAAUUUAACAUCCUAAUUCGCUCUUAUUCGUAUUAAUGAUGGACCUUGUAGUACGAGGGUUUGAGGAUGUUAAUAAAUUCAGAUUUCACUUUUAUAUUUUACUUAAUAGUCUUAACCGGACAUUUAAAUGCUAUUUAUAAGAAGUUAGGAUAUUAAGGGAUUAUUUACAUACUAAGCAGCAGCCGAGGGGAGGGUUUGGAAAUAAUUACAUGAAUAGAUGAAUUUUCUACACAGUAGCUGUGUGUAAAUGUAAUAGUGAUCGUGAUGGGGGAGAGCCGAGAUCAUAAUAUCUUAGCCAUAUUUGAACAUCCCUCUCGAGAGGGAUGUUCAAAUAUGGCUAAGAUAUUAUGUGGACGAUCCCUUAGCUUAGGUCCUUAGAGAUAUUGGUUACCUUUCACAACGUUAUAAGGCGGGUGUAGUAGUUGAUUUUAACAAUGUCGUUAUUUGUUAGCUAAAGAUUUUCAUAUCAGCUGUCCUGCUACUCACGUGCUGUGCUAAAGUGACGGUCUAGUAUGAGUGUAAGAAUUAUCCAAAAUUCAGGUGGCGUUUCUAAGAGAAUGGCAAAACAAGCCUCAUUAAUUUCAAAAUGUCUAUAUUUUUAAUAAUUUUAUUAUUUAUUGCCACGAGAGAAAUAUUUACGGCAAUAGUCAUCAGUAUUCAAAUUUGUCUGUUCUUUUAACAGUUCAAUCUCCUGUUAAUAUCAAACUCGUUUUUGAAAUCAUUAGUAUUUGGUCAUACCUUCAUUUUAAAAACACUGAUACACAGUACAUAUUAUGACACUGUAGAUGAAAAGUGUGGUUAUACUUAUAAUCACAAAUAUUGUUAUACUUCAUACGGAUUUGAUUUCAAUGUUA